AUUUGAAGAAAAUAAGCGACUGUGGAGGUAGAAUGACAUAGAGGGGAGAGGUGGGAGAGAAGCAAGCGGAGAAAGAAGCGACCAACGGAGGGAGGGAUCGACCCUUGUUUCUGGACCUGUAUUGAGCUGCUCCCCUUCUUGAAGAUACUGCACCGCCAAAAAAUGCUCAUAAAGGAAUUUCGAGUGAUUCUUCCUAUCUCUGUGGAAGAGUACCAGGUCGGCCAGCUGUACUCUGUGGCUGAGGCCAGUAAGAAUGAGACGGGUGGAGGAGAGGGAGUGGAGGUGCUAAAAAAUGAGCCCUACGAGAAAGAUGGAGAGAAGGGACAGUACACACACAAAAUCUACCAUUUGCAGAGUAAAGUGCCGCCAUUUGUCAGAAUGUUGGCUCCAGCUUCAGCUCUCAACAUCCACGAGAAAGCCUGGAACGCAUACCCAUACUGUCGCACAGUUAUCACUAACGAGUAUAUGAAAGAAAACUUCCUGAUCAAGAUCGAGACAUGGCACAAACCUGACACGGGACACCUUGAAAAUGUCCACGGUUUGGAUCCAGAAACCUGGAAGAAGGUGGAUGUAGUCUAUAUUGAUAUCGCAGACAGAAGCCAAGUAGAGCCGAAGGACUACAAGCCAGAAGAGGACCCUUGCAGGUACAAGUCAGUGAAGACAGGACGAGGACCUCUAGGACCAGACUGGAAGAAGGAACUUCCUAAGAAGACAGACUGCCCACACAUGUGUGCCUACAAACUGGUCACUGUCAAAUUCAAGUGGUGGGGCCUGCAAAAUAAAGUGGAGAAUUUCAUUCAAAAGCAAGAGAAGCGUUUGUUCACUAAUUUCCACCGUCAGCUGUUCUGCUGGAUCGACAAGUGGAUUGACUUGAACAUGGAAGACAUUCGUCGCAUGGAGGAGCAGACACGCAGGGAGCUAGAUGAGAUGAGAGUGAAGGACCCAGUGAAAGGGAUGGUGGCUCUAGAGGACUGAGGUUGUGUUGGAACGUGAAUGCUGCUGCUCAUCAGACCAGACUACCCAGACACCAGCGGAUUCACAUCCUCCUUCUGAUCCAACUGACGCAACAUCUGACCGGCCGGUCCAACCCCCCCUCCCCCCUCCCUCCGGUACAAUCUGGCUUUCAGGGACCUGGACCCAGUAAACUAACAGUUUUCAGAUCUCAGAUCUCCUCCACCUCUAACAUUUCCCACCUCCCUCGAGUCCCAUCCAUCUCUUAUUUGUUUUUUUUUCAUCCAGUGUUCCCAUCUUGCUCUGAGGCCUCCAGUAGCAACACUAUAGAUCUUGUCAGUCAGCCCUCUCUUUCUCCCUCUCAGUCUCUAAAGCAUUCUAAACUACAGAGAAUAGUGUCAUUUAUCUCUGCAAUUUAGGAUUUAUUUCUAUUUAAGAUUUCCCAAUGGUCUAUAUGUACAGUAUACCGUAUAUCGGGGAG